CCAAGUUCAGCUAAAAAGAACAGGCCUAUUGUUAGGCCUGUUUGGAGGCAAAGUAUACAUGUUAUUACAAGUUAUCAAUAUGUUACAGGAGCCAGGGCACUUGCUUGGCAUACCAAAUAGUCACUGAGUUUGUGUUAAAACGAAGAGAUGGAGAGUUCAGAAGAACCUACCAGUUUGCAGUCCAUAUGUCAUCUACAUGCCUCAGAGUUGUUUCCUAAGCACAUACACUUUGAAUGCGAGGAUGAAACGUUAACGAUUCCAUUUACACCACUGAGCGGAGAAUCGGUUGUGGCAUUGGGACGGACAACGGAUGGUGUUUUGGCACUUUCAAAUUAUAGACUUUAUCUACAAUUAAGUCAAACGUGUUACAAUAUACCUCUUGGUCUCAUCGAGCAAUUGGAGGUCAAGGAGAUAUUUUAUUUGCACAUUGGAUGCAAAGACGCACGUUCCUUGAGUUGUGCAUUUACUACAAAUGAACACUGUUUGGAGUGGUUUAAACGAUUGCACAAAGUGACCUAUCCGCGAAAAAGUAUAGAAGAUAUAUUUGCGUUCGCAUACUAUGCUUGGUCUAUGGAAGAAGGCAAAGAUUAUCCUAGGCUCGGGAAAGAUAAUAGUUCUUAUAUAACUACUUUUAAUUCAGAGGUCGAGCGAUUAAAAUUUAAUUUGCAUGGCACAUGGCGCAUAAGUCAAAUAAAUAAGGAUUAUCGGAUGUGUCCAUCCUAUCCACCACAGCUUCUAGUUCCCGCUUGCAUUUCCGAUGAAACUCUCGAAUUUGUUGCCAAAUUUCGAAGUUCCAGACGAAUUCCAGCUAUUGUCUGGAGACACGUAAAUAACGGCGCUGUGAUAGCUCGCAGUAGUCAACCGGAAGUUGGUUGGCUCGGUUGGAGAAGUUCUGAGGACGAAGAUCUUCUAAAAGCUCUCGCGGAUGCGUGUAGCUAUGAUAAAGGCGAAUCUACGAUAGUAGAUUCGCCUAUUAUAUAUUCCGACGAUUCCGGUGAUAAUAUGCCGAGUGCUGCCAAAAAAGUUUUAAUUGUCGAUGCCAGAUCGUACACAACCGCCGUGGCAAAUCGGGCACGCGGCGGUGGUUGCGAGUGUCCCGAGUAUUAUCCGAGCUGUGACAUACAAUUUAUGAAUUUGCCGAAUAUCCAUUCAAUACGGAAGAGUUUUCAUGCCGUGCGACAGCUUUGCGCAUCGGACGCGGAUCAACCAAACUGGUUAAGUUUGCUGGAAGGGACGCGAUGGUUGCAGCAUAUGUCGGGUUUACUGCGGGCGGCGGUCACUGUGGCUUCCGCGAUUGAGAGGGACGGUCGACCAGUAUUAGUGCACUGUAGCGACGGCUGGGACAGAACUCCCCAAAUUGUUGCAUUAGCCCAAAUAUUACUCGAUCCAUAUUAUCGUACUAUGGAGGGAUUUCAAGUCUUAGUUGAGAGAGAAUGGUUAGACUUUGGACACAAGUUCGCGGAUCGAUGUGGUCAAAUGAUUGGCUGCGAUGAUCCCAACGAGCGCUGUCCAGUAUUUCUUCAGUGGCUUGACUGUGUCCAUCAGUUAAUCCUGCAAUUUCAAUGUAGUUUUCAAAUGUCAUCAGCAUAUCUAGUGAAAUUGGCUCAACAUACGUACUCGCAAUUGUUCGGUACAUUCCUGUGUAAUACCAGGCAGGAGAGGCUACAGUUGAGAAUACGCGAGCGUACGUUUUCAGUUUGGCGUUUCCUCAACUCAACUGCGUUUGUGAAUCAUCUGUAUUCGCCAUUAAAGAAUCAAGUAUUAUGGCCAAGUUGUAACGUACGCGAUCUUGUUCUAUGGUCCGAGGUGUAUUUAGGCUCCAUGGAAUCAUCACUCGGUAUGAGAGACGAUAAACAAAGAAUGACAGUGAUAGACAUCGAAGGUGGCGAGAGUGAAGAGCCGCAGGGACAAAUGACGAAGACGAGGUCGUACGGUGAUCUUAUGCACGCCCCCGAUCAUGCAGCAUAUCUGCACCGAAGACGUAGCGAUCCGAGUAUUUCUAUGGAAAAGAAAUUUGACUCUCUGGCACUUCAGACUGAGGUGGAUCAAAAGAGUGUGAAGAACAUAGACGAUAACAAAAAUGAAGCCGCAAACGAGAACUUGUCAGAGACUGAUAUCGGGGCAAAACGAGAUACUGUUAAUCAAACAUCCAGCGAUUCGCCCGCUAAUCCUUCGGUAGAUAGUUCUACUGAUACUUUAAUACCUAAUAACGAUUCCGUCGUUCCAGUGGUAAAUGGAGAGAAAGAAGCACCACAAACAAGUUCUUCACACGAUAUUGUUUCACCAUGGAUUGAAACUGGCACUACUAGUACACAGGUUGUUUGUUCUUCGUGUAAUCGCAAUGAGGGUAGUGACGUGAGUGAUACCAGCGUCCCAUUGAUAUCAAGAACUCCCAGUAGCAUAUGUCCAGCUUCUCCGACCCAUCAGGACGUUGUGCUAGAUGCUCCUGACUGGUUGGAUGACGUUGACGGUCUUCCUGUCAUAUGUUGCGAUGUCCAAAUGCGAGUACAACAAAUUAUCGUAGAGCAUAAGCUCAAGGAGGAAGCCUUAAGAAAGGAAUUACACACGACGAGAUUGGCACUAAUUAAGCAAGUUUGCAAUCAUAACACAGAUACCGAUCGUAUCGAUGACAUUGGUUCAUUACCUGAUUCGGUGGGUAGCGCCGGUGAACAUGGAGAAUCAUUACCGUCGGACAUGUCCUGGGAAGCUGUGGAGGAAUUAGGUCCUGCACCUACAUUAUGGGUGCCCGAUCAUGCCGUGACUCGAUGCAUGGGAUGUAACACAGAGUUCUGGCUCGGUAGACGUAAGCAUCACUGCAGAUGCUGUGGCAAGAUUUUUUGUGCCGAUUGCUCCGAGAACUCUACCCCUUUGCCUAGCGAACAACUCUACAAUCCUGUAAGAGUGUGUAGCGACUGUUACGCGCGGGUGCACCACCAUCAUACAAGCUCCUGUCAGUGUAAUGCUCGACACCAGAACAUUAAAACAGAAAAUGAAGCGGAAUCUUUCGAAACGGCGACUCUACAACAAUCAGUGACAUGUCAGAGGUCGAGGAAGUUGCCACCCAGUACGAAAGACUCCUGCUGUGACAGCCUACUACAGGCAACACAUCAGAAAACGCAACCAUCCGUUGCGACAGCCGCAGUGAAUUAAAGAGAAAAAUCUACGAGAAGAGUCGAGCAGGAAAAAAAAAUGAAAGAAUGCGAUUAAUCCAUACGACGCGCUUGUUGUAUUCAUAAUUUAUAUUGCAUACAUAUGGCACAUGGACUAACGCGUCUAGAUUGUUCUAAGCGAUCUAAUAUAUUUAUUGCUAGAUUAAUAAUUUGUACGAACAAGCACUAUAGCUGGUAUAGCUGAUGGAGAAAAAAUGGCAGAGAGUCAGUAUAUGCGCACGCAUGCGAGGUUGUAUUAUAUACCUUAACUAAGAGUAACUCGAGAUCAAGAUUUCCAAAUACGAAGAUUCUAUUUCUUUUGUGAGAAAUGUAAGGGAAUGGAAUCCUUCGAGGUUACCUAGGUAUCUAUCUCUGUGCUUAACACGACGAGAGAAUGAUGUGUGGCAAAGUCUUGGAUAGGCUGUGAUCGACAUCUAACUUUGUAGACGACUACACUAUGAAGGAAAGCGCUAAUUAAUUGUCAAUUGAUCACUAGGACAGCGGUUGUUUGCUAAUUAGCAAUCGGAUCGAGUAAAACGAAUGAAAUCGUAUUUCUUAUAUUGACGUCGAUGUAUAAGAAUUGGGAUAUUAAAUGUCAUUAUCUCAUCCUA